UAACAAGCUUGAUUCAAUGGUGUCGCAGAUUGAGCGUUGGGCGCUCUUCCUGGUUGCCAUUCCGCUCUCGCUGUUCUGGGGCAGCCUUACGCUGCUGAGUGUCGUGUAUGACGCCGUCCGCAGCCGCGGCAAGGCCUUCCGCUCUGUCGCCCGUCCGACCCAGCCGGCUUUGCUCAGCGAUCCGCUGUGGGGAACGCACCAUUUCGCUACUCUGUCAACGGGAGUCAAGCUGCACUAUGUCCAGAAAGGCGACGGUGCGCCGCUCAUUCUCCUGCACGGCUUUCCCGAAUUUUGGUACUCGUGGCGCAACCAGCUCGUCUCGUUGAGCAGCACCUUCAAGGUGAUUGCGGUGGACAUGCGCGGUUAUGGCGACUCUGACAAGCCGAAUGGUGUCCGAAACUACUCGAUGGACAAGAUUGUUGCCGACAUUGUCGAGCUUGUUCAUGUUCUCGGCUACAAGAAGGUUACGCUGGCUGCACAUGACUGGGGCGGUAUGAUUGCCUGGGCACUCGCCAUGUCCAAUCCCGAAGUAUUGGAGCGCCUGGUGAUUCUGAAUUGCCCUCAUCCGGUGGUUUUCCGCGAGCAAGGCCCAAAGAAUCCUGCUCAGCUGCUCAAGUCUUGGUACAUCUUCAUGUUCCAGCUGCCAUUCCUUCCCGAAAUUGUCGCGCACAUGUACGACCAACGCCAGAUCUACGCCGCUUUCUGCGGCAGGAAGAUGGGCUGCGUGCGCAAGGGUGCGUACAGCCCUGAGGAUCUCGAUUGCUACAAGUACAUGCUGGCUCGUCCGUACGCCACCACGGCUGCCAUCAACUACUACCGCAACCUCUUCAUCCCGUGGAUUCCCCAGGUGCCGACGCGUCGCAUUGAUGUGCCCACGCUCAUCAUCUGGGGCGACCGCGAUCAGGCACUCGAGUCCUCGCUUGCAGAUCAUGCAGCCAAGCACGUCACCAACGUCACUGUCCGCCAUCUCGCAAAUGCUAGCCAUUGGGUUCAACACGACGAGCCCGAGCGUGUGAACACGUUUAUUCGAGAGUUUGCCACCACUGGUCAAGUGUCUUCCUGAAAGUUCAAGUCAGCAGAAAGUCAUCAACUGAUGACCUGUGUUUGUUGGUUUGUUUGUUUGUUUGUUUAUUUGUUUGUUUGUUUGUUUGUUUGUUUG